AGAUUUUGGUCCUUCAUACGUGCAUCUUUGUAAACUUUUGGGCUGCAAGGGUUUGAGCCACUGAAAUGAACAUAAAUAUUUUUGUAACUUAUACCAAAAAAAAAACACUCAUAAAUAGAUAAUUACCAAAAAGUGCAAGCAAAGACUCUUUUUAUAUCAAAGUCAAAAGUAUAACUUGGUGUAUGUACUCGUAUGUAUAGCUAUGUGAAUAUUUUAAUGAGUAUUUAAAAGAUAAAGAUAAUUUAUUAUUCUAUUGAGAAAACCAAUUGAUGAUGGAUACAUUUAGUUAACUCCUGGAACUGAAGAACCUGUUAGAAAGGCCAUAAAUAUUGUAAGUCCUAUAAAUUCUAACCAUGAUUUUGCAAUAUAAAAAAGUUUAACUUGUUGAUAGUUCAGAAUCGAGUUAUUUUUAUUUUUGAAAUGAUGAUAUUCAGUGUGUAUAGUUGUGUAGUUGUUGUGCGGGUGAACGUUAGUAUUAUUUAACUUUCUAUGGACGUGAAAAAUAAUUUACUGUUUGGUAAGUGACAUCAAAGGCCACUUAACGUACAUUUAUGUCAAAUUAGAUUAGGUAUGUUACGGACAACGGACAGUCAGGACUGCGAAGGUGACAAAUGAAUUUCUCCUUGCUACUGAUUUUGUAAAUUUGUUAGCUUAAAGGAUACGGUUGCGUUGGAUUCGUAAAAGUGAGGCAGAUACAUAAGUUCAUCAAAGAGAGCUCGACGGGGCGACUCGGUGCGGAACGGGCGUUAUAAACAGAGGUUCAAUACGAUACCCUGAAGCAACAAAUGUGUAGCGAAAUAUAACACAAAACCCCAAACGAGGAGAAUACUAAUUCCGAAAUAAAUAGGUUGAACAUGAAAUCUACAUCCUGGUUUCCUGUACUCUAAAAGAAAAACAACAUCAUCAUCGUAAUAGAAGUAUCUACCCAUUGACCCGUCAUCGUCAUUCGGAUACAGAAGCUUUAUAUCAUCUAUACAUACGUUUGUUUGAAAGAAGUUCGUACACGCUCGUCCUUGUACAUACAUAUGUACGUAAGAUAUACAUACCUUGGAGUUGUUUUGCAAAUAAGAAAUGGCCAUUGGGACUGUGAUGAAGAUGGCUGUGGGAAGUUAGUCCCACGUAAAAGUUAAAGGUAUCCUUAGACCGUCUCCAGCGAAUUGAUUGAGGAAAUUGGGAUGUCAUUAGAAUGGAUCAAAUUGCUAAUGCAAAAGUUUAUAAAAAGACAUCGUCUAACUCAGUUCUUACGCUCUAUAUGGGCAGUAGAGACUUAGUGUCAACAGAUGGAGUUGUGGAGCCAUUGAGGGGAGUUAUUGUUGUUGACCCAAAGUUUCUUUGCAAUCAAAAGAUUUACGGUCAGCUCACACUUACGUUUCGUUACGGUAGAGAAGAUGAAGAAGUAAUGGGGCUUAAAUUUUGUAAUGAAGUCGUAGUAGCUCUAAAACAACUUUGGCCCCGAAUCAAUUACAACGGCGAAAUGACGGUGCUACAGCAAGCUUUGGUCGAUAGACUAGGAGCUGGGGCUCAUCCAUUUCAAAUAGAUGUUGGAACCAUUGCUGCACCAAGUGUACAACUCUUACCUGCAAAGAAAUACAGCGGGGAUCCGAUUGGAACAAGUUACGAUGUUCGGAUAUUUAUGUCGGAUUUAGCCGAUGAAAAACUUCAAGGAAGAACUACAGUCAAGUUAGGAAUUCGCGUGAUUUAUAAGAUUCCAACAAACUUUCAGUCAAUUCAAGAUUAUAAUUUAAGUUCAAAAUCGAUACAAAAAAAUAAUUUUCGAGCUAGAUUAUCACCGAAGAUACAAAGACUUUGUAGCAGAAGUAAACAUCAAGAAGAAACUAGCAAAAGUACGACAGCCAUAAAUAAUUCUUCAGAUACUGUGAAAAAUACUGAUGCAGACAAUGUAGAAGAAAGACUCAAUCCAAAAGUGUCUAGGAGUGGAGAAGAGGGACCAGAAAGUUGUAUCGAGAAGCUGUUUUUAUGGACUGAGGGUAAUGUUAGUUUAAGAUCAUCACUCGAUAAAUGCGCCUACAAACACGGUGAAACUGUCAGUGUUAAAGUUCACAUAAGGAAUAGUAGCCGAAAAGUCGUACGAAAAAUCAGGAUAUUUGCAGUACAACAUGUAGAUGUCUGUAUGUUCAGUAAUGGAAAAUUUAAAAAUAUUGUCGGCGAAAUUUCUGAUAGCAGUCACAUAAAGGCAAAUGAUACAUUAAGCAAAACUUAUAAAUUAGUACCGACCAUAGGAUCUACCAAAAAUUGGAUAGCUGUUGAAUCGAAACUUCCUCAUGCUCACGUUACAACAGAUUUUCUAUCAACGAAUAACUAUAAACUCGCCUCCAGUACAUUUCAAGAUAACUUAAUGAAGGAAAGAAAUGUCUUUGCCAUUUAUGUAACCUAUUAUAUUAAGAUUAAAUUAACCUUAAGCGCUCUAGGAGGUGAUUUAUCACUCAAACUUCCUUUUGUUCUGGGCUAUGUGGGAGAGGACCCCCGCACAAGCAGCACCCGAAGAAAUUCAGACAAACUAUUGGAUGUUCUAGUUUCAAGAAAAAUCCCACUCAACAGACUAAAUUCAAAGGAUACAAAUGCAGCCAACAGUGGAAAUCCAUCAAAUGAACCAGUUUCCUCAGAACCAAAAGACAUUCCUGAUGAGGAAACAGUUCACCACUCAGAAACUACUCCACACUCUACCUCUAUUAAAGUGGAAAUCCACAGGGAAAAUUAAUUAUAUACAUAUUUAUAUAUUUGGUGUAGCUAUGUAUUUUAAUUUGGCUUAAUUUAUCUUUUCCAAAACUCAUAAGACUGUCCUUUGAAGCAGUAAAAUGUACAACCAAAACAAUGAGAUGGCAAUCUUCUUAAAAUGCUUAACUUAGUCUUAAUAAAUUUAUAUUUCAUUAUAAAAAUAAAGCGUUUUCAUUGUUAAUUUAUAAA